CCGCGGUCUGAUUCGGGAUCUGGAGAAAGAUAACGGGUACCCUCCAGCCUAGAAAAAAAAAAAAAAAAAAAAGUCGCUGCUCCUCCUGUUUGAUGCGCACAUGUACAGCUUGCGUUGCGGUUAGGAGGAGCGUAGCGCCCAGGCCUGGAUUGGCAGCUUCUCCGUCGGACUGUUUGCUGGAAGCUCAAGAGCUAGCUAAGUUGAUGGUGAUGAUGAUGAUGCAUCGGAGGAUUUAUCCCGGCGUUUCUCUCUGAGAUGGAACCAGCGACGAUGAACUGGAGCCGCUAACGGUGAAGACCUGGAUGGCUAAAUGGGGGGAGAAGUAGCUCAGCUGCACGGGGAUUCCUUUUACAUUUUUUACCAUUUUAAACCCGAUCAGAUUUAACAGACGUAACAUGCCGAAAGGCAGAGAGAGCCAUUUUUUAGCUUAGCAUAACAGUUGAUCUCGCUUCGGUCGGACCUUUGGCCGUCCUUGGAUGCUUCAGUGACAUUAAUUGGACGGUGCGUUUCAGGAUGGCACAGCUGUUGGACGGUGCCGGCAAACUGAGCUGGGUUCUCCUCAAGUCUGUGAUCCGUUUCGUCUUUAUGUUCUUCAACAACUGUGUGGCCAUCCCUUCCUACUGCUUGUACAUGUUGCUCCUCCAGCCGCUGAGAAUAUGGGACAGCUCGGCUUUCUGGCACAUCGAAGGGGUCAUGUUCAAAUGGCUGCUGGCCAUGGUGUCUUCGUGGGGCUGGAUCGCAUCUUAUACAGUCACAGAAUGGGGUGAUGACGUGCGGGACAUUUCUGAAGAAGAAGCCAUGGUCAUUGUCAAUCAUCAGUCCACUGGGGACGUUUGCACUCUCAUGAUGUGCCUCCAAGACAAGGGCACGGUGGUGCGAAAAAUGAUGUGGUUAAUGGACCAUGUGUUUAAAUACACCAAUUUUGGUCUAGUGUCCCUGAUUCAUGGGGACUUCUUCAUCAGACAGGGUAAAGCUCACAGAGACAAGCAGCUCGUCUACUUGAGGGAGCAUUUAGAAAAAUACUACCACAGCCGCGACAGGAAGUGGAUAGUGCUCUUCCCCGAGGGAGGCUUCCUCAGGAAGAGGCGAGAAACCAGCCAGGUGUUUGCAAAGAAAAACUCUCUCCCUCACCUGACCCAUGUGACGUUGCCUCGCCUUGGGGCAACUCAUGUCAUUCUGAAAACUCUGACCGCUCAGCAAGAGAACGGCAGCGUGGGCAGCGACACCUCGACCCGGAACCAAACAGUUAAUAAAAGUAAAGGCCUGCAGUGGGUUAUAGACGUGACCAUAGCGUACCCCAAAGCAAAGCCAAUGGACAUCCAGACGUGGAUCUUUGGUUAUAGGCCUCCUACAGUCACACAUGUACAUUACAGGAUGUAUCCAAUCAAAGAGGUUCCUGUGGAGGCCGAGGCCCUGACUAAUUGGCUGUAUCAGCGGUUUGUGGAGAAAGAAGAGUUGUUGGCCCACUUUUACGACACAGGAUCGUUCCCUCCUCCAGAAGGCCAGAAGGUGGCAGCCUCCCGGCAAAUGACCCUUGACCCUGUGUGGCUGUGCAUGGUCCAGUCGUUUGCUUUUGCUUCUGGCUACAUGUGGUACAAUGUCUUUCAGUACCUCUACUGUUGUUUAUUUUGAGUGCGCGGACGAGCUGGGUGUCUUUAUUGGACCGCUGGAAAAGCCUCAGGAUCAGUCGCCGUUUGUGUGUGUGACCAAGUGUCACACUCAACCCUGCACCCCCACCCCCCUUACGAUGGAUGAAUGUACAUCUGCAGGAUAGGAGAGACCGCUUUGGAAGCAAGGAAAAAACUAAAUCAUAAACACAGAUUUCAGUCCAUAAAAUACAAAAAAAAGAGGAAAAACAGUCACACACAUAGGUGUCGCACACAGACCCUACGCCACACACUCGCUGCAGCGAGAAUAAUCUCC